GCUACACUCGCCUUUACAAGCCCAGUCUCCGCACAGACAUACUCGACAUGCAACCCGACGACGCAAUCGGGCUGCCCAGCAGAUGCAGCACUCGGCAAAUCAAUCACUGUCAAUUUCGCAGACGGUGCUUCAGACCAAUUUACAGCACAAGGCGAGCCCACAUACGAUUCGAACGGCGUAGCAUUCACAGUGGCACAAUCUGGCCAGGCGCCAACACUUGUAUCAAAAUGGUACAUCAUGUUUGGCAAAUACUCAGUGACGAUGAAAGCCGCACCUGGCACCGGCAUAGUCAGCUCUCUGGUGUUACAAUCAGAUGAUCUUGACGAGAUCGAUUGGGAGUGGCUGGGCGGUGCCAAUGAUCAAGUGCAGAGCAAUUACUUUGGCAAAGGCGCUUCCACAACCUACGACCGAGCUGCGAUUCACAAGGUCAAGAACACGCAGGGCGAAUGGCACACAUACACUGUCGAGUGGACUGAGAGUCAAAUCGUAUGGACUAUCGAUGACUCGACCGUCCGCGUUCUCAAUGCCAAUGAAGCGAAGGGUCAAUACCCACAGACACCCAUGCAGCUCAAGCUUGGUUCAUGGGCAGGCGGUGAUCCGGGCAAUUCCGCAGGCACCAUCGCGUGGGCAGGCGGUCAUGUGGACUACUCUGCCGGUCCAUUUUCGAUGUACGUGAGCCAAAUCGCAAUCGUCGACUACUCGACAGGCUCAAAGUACACGUAUGGCGACCAGAGCGGCACAUGGGAGAGCAUCGAAUCAGAAGGUGGACAGGUCAAUGGAAACUCCGGUGGUAGUGUCACCGUGACAGAUGCACCACAGAUCACCACGACGACCAGCGGUUACGAAGGAUGGAGCGGUACCCACGACACUCACACAGCCACUGUCUCUUACACGACGCUUCCUGGCCUCCCUUCAGGUUGGACUAUCAGUGGUUCCGGCAAGGUCGUGCCGCCGUCGGCGGCCCCUGUGAGUAAGCACCAUCCCAGUGCUUCAUUG